GUCACUUGCCGUAGAGCUGCAGUGUUUCGGAGACGUCGUUUCAAGGGAGAACUGAAAAAUAUAAAUUACUCGAGUAACUCGGUGAACAGUGGCCGCGUACUAAUUCGUAUAAUUUGUAAGAGCCGGUAAAACACAUAAAGAUGAUCAGAGCAUCCUUUGCAGUAACGAUACUGACUGUGAUCGCUGCCACACAUGGUGCGUUCAAUUGCCCGAGCAAGGAUGGACAGUACGAGGAUUCGAAACAGUGUGACAAAUACUAUCAGUGCGUCGACGGUGUUGCCACGGAGAAGCUCUGUCCAGAUGGACUUGUUUUCGAUCCCCUGAAUCGCAAAGUGAACAAAUGCGAUCACGUAUUCAACGUCGACUGCGGGGACCGCCUUGAAUUACAGCCACCCCAACCUACCAAGAAGUGCCCGCGGAGGAAUGGUUUCUUUGCCCAUCCGGACCCAUCGGUUUGCAACGUUUUUUAUAAUUGCAUUGAUGGCGAGGCAAUCUCAAUCACUUGUACCACCGGAUUACAUUUCGACGAAUAUAGUGGCACGUGCGUUUGGCCUGACAGCGCCGGACGAGAAGGAUGCGGAGCGGUGGAUAAAAAGUUGAAGGACGGCUUCGAGUGUCCGAAGGAGGCUGAAAGGGAUACCAGAGGAAUGGUCGUCGAUCAUCCAAAAUUCGCGCACCCAGAGGAUUGUCAAAAGUUCUAUGUCUGCUUGAACGGCGUGACACCGCGUGAGCAAGGCUGCAGCGAUGGCACUGUCUAUAACGAGGAACAGCAGAGAUGCGACGCGCCUGAAAAUGUCCCCGGCUGUGAGGAUUGGUACAAGGACGAUGACAAAAAACCAUGAGAUAUCAACUGAAUUUAUAUGUCCCGCAUCGGGAUCUCGAUUAUCAUCUCGGAAUCACGUCAUCCUCGUUUAGUGUGUAAUCAUGUGUGUGUUUAGACAUUUGAAUGUUCAUAAAUAAUAAAUUCUAUUUUAUCUUAUUAAUGUUA